GGGGCCCGGCGGGUGGCGGCGCGCAGGCUCGCGGCGGCGCGGCGGCAGGCGCGGCCCCAGCACCGGCAGCAGCCGCCGCGGCCGGGCGCCAUGGGGUGUUAGCGCAGCUGGUGCCCUCGCUCUGCGCCGGAAGGAGCCGCCGCCGCCCCGUGCCUCUCGCCGCGCUGCCCCCCGCCGCCCCGAGCCCAUGAGCCUGAACGAGCACUCGAUGCAGGCGCUGUCCUGGCGGAAGCUCUACCUGAGCCGCGCCAAGCUGAAAGCCUCCAGCCGCACCUCCGCGCUGCUCUCCGGCUUCGCCAUGGUGGCUAUGGUAGAAGUUCAGCUAGACGCAGAACAUGACUACCCUCAAGGUCUCUUGAUAGCCUUCAGUGCCUGUACUACUGUCCUUGUUGCAGUUCACCUUUUUGCACUUAUGAUAAGUACCUGCAUUCUUCCAAAUAUCGAGGCUGUUAGCAAUGUGCAUAAUCUCAACUCUGUAAAGGAAUCUCCUCAUGAGCGUAUGCAUCGGCACAUUGAGCUCGCGUGGGCGUUUUCUACUGUCAUUGGGACUUUGCUCUUUCUUGCAGAGGUGGUGUUACUGUGUUGGGUGAAGUUUCUUCCUUUAAAGAAGAAAACUGAUACGCUCCAGAGCAACAGUUCUACCAUCACAUCGGGACAGGCAGCAGCCAUUGCAUCAACGUCUAUUAUGGUUCCCUUUGGAUUGAUUUUCAUUGUGUUUGCAGUCCACUUCUACAGGUCACUGGUGAGCCAUAAAACAGACAGGCAAUUUCAAGAACUGAAUGAACUUGCUGAAUUUGCACGGCUCCAGGAUCAGCUGGAUCACAGAGGUGAUACUAUCUCCUCAGCUGUUACCCAUUUUGCAUAAACCUGUACUUAAAGAAAAUAAACCCACUGUUCUGCUUCUGCCUCGUUACAUUGACUUCCCUGUGGAUGAACUGGUCAAACUUUGUUGAUUACUCGUUAAAGAGAGAUUAUAAAUGUUCUAACCCUUUUGAGAGGGGAAAAAAAAAUGUUGUUCCUUUCGUAAAAUUUUUGCUGUCUGACAUCUGGAGGAAUGGAUGGUGGGGUAUGCUUGCGCUGUGCGUGCAUCCCUGCUUUUGUGAGCGCUGUCUAGAUUGCUUCUUGUUACUGCUGAACUGGCUGUAUAAAUACGUAGGAAAUAACAUUGUAAAUUUGGGUAUGUGGUAGGGAUGGGUAGAGAAGCUUUUUUCCCCCCUCUCUUUAUUUGAUGUUGGCAUUUACUAGAAGAUACUGCUUGUCCAAUCCAUAUUGUGUGGCAUGAUACAAAUUACUUGGGAUAUGCAGCAAUUAGCACUCGGUUCGGUGCUAGCGCUGUUCUUUCUAGAAAGCCUGACAGAUGGUAGAAGUGAAAGCUUUCCCACAUUUUCCCCAGUAUGUUUUGCUGCCAAGUAAUUAUUACUUGACUGAUUUCUCCAGCGCCUUUUUGCCGUGGCAGUUACACGUUUCAUAACUUGCUAAACACCCAUGACUAGUCUUACUGCGAUGUGGUAUGGCCACAUGAGUAGGAAUGAGACUCGACUCUACUCUUCCUUGGAAGAAAAUAAAAGCAAUAACUGUUUUAAAGUUCUUACAAACUGGCACAUAUUAUCUGGAGAGAUAGAUUUGCCUGUUUCCCAUUUAGUAAUCUUUUUUUAAAAAGAAGGAACUAGAUGGAAAUUAUUACUGGAUAAUUUUUUUGCUUGAAAAUCAGAACCACUGCUGUUUUUUCCAAGCCAAAGUAGUAAUUAUUUUAUACUUUUAUAUUAAAAAUGUAUUUUUAAUAAAUCCUCGGAUGCAAGCAGCGAAAGGUGGUUUCUCUGCAUUGGAUUCCCAAGUAAUUACUUAUGCCUUGGUCUUCCUUGUUUAGGAAAAAAUCUUCUCUUUGCUGAAGUGUUGUAUUUAGUAACUUGUUACACGUUUUUUGCUUCCAAAGGAUCUGGAAGAUCACUUUUCUCUCUGUAUAUUUAUUUAUGAAAGUAGGUUAUUUGUAAUUAACAUUGCUGCUUACUUGCAGACACAUGCCUGUGACAGCAAGGCUACUGUGUCGGUUUUUAUUUCCUCUUUAAGCAAAAACUUCCAUUUGGUCUGUUAGAUAAGAGGUUUGUCCAAGAAGGAUUGCAGCAGUCAUCCUGGGUUGCUUUCAGUAAUUCUAGCUAUAUCUAGAAGCAGAAUUUUUUGGAAUGCAGUUCUGUGGAGCAGCUUUGAGUUUUAAGGGGUGAAAGCUGUUUUUUGAACACAAACUGAGACCAUUUUCAAGUCUAAUAGAACAAAACUUGACCUCCCUAUCGUAGCUAACACUGAAAUUGAGAGCAUUGAACUUAGGCACGCGUGAAUGUGACAGUGUAGUGGAGCUGUACUUGACUGAGCCCGGGCUGAAUGUGGUCUCACACCCAGCCUCCAUCUCAGGUUAUCCCAACAUAUUUACAAACUGUCGGAUGCAUACAGGUAGGGUAGCAGGUGUGUUUACUACUGAAGCAGCCUCAUGGAGUUGACUGAUUUCUCAUGUCAGCACACCACAGUGGAAAGUGUUGACAGGGUUACCUGUGGUGCCUUUGUAUUCUGAAAAAUCACUUUAAAAAAUCUGUUGGUUUUUUUUCCCCAGCAGCAUUCUUGGUUCACAAGCAGAAAACAGCUUCCCGCUUGCUGUUUUCACAAGUUUUUCUGACAUGCAGAGGCCAAACUGAAUUAUCUCUAGCUCUGCCAUUAUAUUAUGCUUCAAAUAUAUUCUAUUACUGAUGUAAAUCUGCUGAUGGUGAGAAAUGUGACUGCAGUCCUACAGAUGUUCCUUCAUGGAGCGCUGUAAGGAUUAUGCUAGUAAAGGCAUUAAUGAAGCAGCAUUCCAAAACACAGCAUCUUGGUAGUAGGCACAAAAUGUACUUCCCAUCCUUUCCUGGAAUAUUUGUCCUGUCCUAAAGGGGGGGAAAAAAAAGCCUCUUAAAAACCAUCAGUAAAGGAAGAAAACCUGACUCAGUGUUCAUGCUAGAGCAAAUGGUUGAAAGGGUGCUGUCAGGCUUAAAAAUUACACUUUCUCCUGAAUUGUGUAUUUAAAAGUUAAAAUGUGUUUUUGAAACAGAAGUCCAUAAAAUGUGUUUUUCAAGUUUAUUCUGUAAGUUACUUUCCUGGAUAGGUAGCUGAAUUUCUCUUUUAUUUUGUGAUUCUUUUACAAGGUGACAGAAGUGAAGUGUAGGGUUUGUUUUUUUUUUUUUUUUGUUUAAGAAAUACAGAAUUAGAAGCUAGUGGGACAACCUUAUUUUUAACUUUCUCAAGCUGGUAGGUUCUGAGCUAAUGGUGCUGUUAUUACAGCUGCUUUUCUGACUAUUUUCUGCACUUUAAGCCAUGAUAAUCAAGUGUUUUUCAUUUUCCACCUGUGGAAAUGGUCAUGAAAGUUACACCUUGGGCAGUCUCGUAACUGUGUGCCAGAGGCAGUGACCAGACCCCAAAUACAUGGAUCUGAAUUUUAAGAGUGCACUUAGAAAUUUUUUUUUUAUUCCUUAUUUAUACUAAUGGUGUUAUGCAUUUACCUCAAGCAUUUUAAACAUUGGUUAUUGUAUAUCACUUAUUUAGAUAUAAGAUACUUUAAUGAAAUAAAAUGUAUUCAGUUGUUGCUGA